UAUGAUUUGUCGCUGCGCACAGGAAGGGAUCCGUGGUCUCCACAAAACUAUCAAUAAGUGAACCUGGGGUGGCCCGAAUGUGUUAACCAGUUCUGCUGCUUUCUGUGCCAGCUAUGUGUUCUUUGCUCGCUUCAAUUCUUCAAGCCCUGAGUCUUCUGCAAGCGCAGGGGUGAGGGGAAGGUUGGCCGACCACCGCCAGGCGCGCGCUCCUGGCCCUGGGAAGUAUUCUGGCCUUUUCCUUCGCCCUGCAAACCUCCGUACCCAGCUGGUGCUUCCCGCUGUCCGAAGCGGGAGAUGAGCCUCUCUUCCCCUGAAUUCCACUGCCAACCUAAUUCAUGCGGAGGCAUUUCUGAUACGACGGUAAUGGAUUGCAAUACAAAACCCCAGCAGAGCCUCCCACUCCACCCUGGAAUUCAAAUGUCGCUGAGGCGUCGCUGAGCUUUCCGAGGGCUCAAAUACCUCUCUGCGUCAUGGGAGCAGAACGCACCACCGCGGCGUGUGGGCUGAAAUGACGGGGUCCUGAUACUCCUCGCUCCAGUCCAUUCUGAAGUGUCUGAAGAGCUCAGAAAUAGGGGAGCAGCGGGCAGCUGGCAAGCGUGUUCUCCUUCAGCUUUCAGAUCUUGAGCCUAAUGCUGUGAUAGACUUGAGUGUAAUGGAAACACCAGCUCUACAAAGAUGUUCCUAAGGAAGUGGUGCUGCUGUGAAACCGGCAUGCAUGCUGCAGGGCCAUUUGGCUGGCUUAACUGAAAUCUGCAAAAAUUCUCUGCUGCAAGAAAAGAGGGGCAAUGUCAUCAGAAGAUGAUGCUGGCGGGGAGGCUCCUGGGGGCAGUUUCUGGGAGGCUGGAAACUACAGGCGGACAGUGAAGCGUGUGGAUGAUGGGUACCGGCUCUGCAACGACUUAAUCUCCUGCUUCCAGGAGCGAGCCAAGAUCGAGAAGAACUAUGCCCAGCAGCUAACAGAGUGGUCCCGCAAAUGGAGGACCAACGUGGAGAAGGGUCCGCAGUAUGGCACUCUGGAGAAGGCCUGGCAUGCCUUCCUGACAGCUGCAGACAAGCUGAGCGAAAUUCACUUACAUGUCCGGAACCACCUGGCUGGUGAAGACUCUGAGAAGAUCAAGGCCUGGCAGAAGGAGGCCUAUCACAAGCAGAUGAUUGGGGGCUUCAAGGAGACUAAGGAGGCAGAGGAUGGGUUCCGCAAGGCCCAGAAACCCUGGGUGAAGAAGCUGAAAGAUGUGGAGACUUCUAAGAAAAACUAUCACGCAGCCCGGAAGGAGGAAAAGACAGCCCAUACAAGAGAGAACCAUGCCAAGGCAGACUCCUCUGUCUCACAGGAACAGCUGCGCAAACUGCAGGAGCGUGUGGAGAAGUGCAGUCAGGAGGUUGAGAAGUGCAAGGAUCAAUAUGAGAAGAUGCUGGAAGAGCUGAACCGCUACAAUCCCCGCUACAUGGAGGAUAUGGAGCAAGUGUUUGAGGGCUGCCAGGAAGCAGAGAACAAGCGACUGUGCUUCUUUAAGGAGAUGUUCCUGAAUCUGCACCAGCAUCUGAACCUGUCUACCAGUGAAAGCUUCCAUGCCUUGUAUCGAGAUCUCUACCAAGUCAUCGUGGCUGCAGACAACCAGGAGGACCUGAAGUGGUGGCGCAACACACAUGGGCCAGGCAUGGCGAUGAAUUGGCCUCAGUUUGAGGAAUGGUCCCUCGAAACACAGCGGCCAAUCACCAAGAAGGAGAAGAGUGGUAAGAUGGCCGACGAUGUGACGCUGACCAGCAUUUUGCCUACGCGGGAUGGUGUUGUCUCACAGACCCCUUUGCAGACAAGGCGAGGGUUUUCCUAUCAAGAGGAGCAGAACAGCCUCUUCUAUGACAGCCUGAGGGCAUCAGCCCACGUGAACGGAGGGAAGGAAGACAUUUCGGAGUGGUCAGACGAGGACACUCCCAAGAAGUGCCUGGAUACCAAUGGGCAUGAGGAGGACAUAAAGGUACCAGGUGUACGGGUACGAGCGCUGUAUGAUUACACAGGACAGGAGGCUGAUGAGCUGAGCUUUAAAGCAGGUGAAGAACUAAUGAAGAUCAGUGAGGAAGAUGAGCAGGGCUGGUGCAAGGGCCGACUACUCACUGGCCAGGUUGGACUCUAUCCUGCUAACUAUGUUGAAAAGGUUGGAUCAUGAUUGCUACUGCCCUGUUAGUGUCUCACACCCAUACCAGCAUCUCCUGCUGAGGUCACUGGGUCACUGCUGGCCCCAAUCCACCUUUGCAGUACGUGCAGCAACUUCUGGACUCUGACUGAGGGCACCUGUUCCAUGUAAUCAAUGCUUCAUUUUAAAUGCCUAGACCUGUAGGGCUUUUCUAAUAAAUAAGCAAGGAUGAGUAAAGACUUCUCUGCCUGUGAGCACUAUAGGAGUGUAAGGGUGCAGAAGGAAACGGAUCCUCUUGGCCCACGCUCAGUGAAAGGAGGUAUGUGGCACAUAAGACUUUAAAACAAACCAAGGAAAUUUUCUUGGCUUCAGUGCCCGUUCAUCCAUAGGGUGGUGGGGUCUGCCCUGCCCCCAGCCUUCCUGUUCAAGGAACUUUGCAUGUGCAGGGCAAUGGGGAACCUCUAGUAUUGCUGCUUCUCCCCCACUUCAAUCAAGUUAACUGACAGAAAUCUGUGUGGAUUUGCCCAGAUUUUUCAGAUGUCUUCAGUGUCUUUCACCUACAGGCUUGUUGGCCCCCCUGUAAUGAGUCAGCUGAGAUAGUGGAUUGGAUUUCCCUUCCCACUACUCACAAAGUAAUUUGGAAGACACCACGGAAUGAAGGGUAGCAUGGUUUGGGGACAGAAGAAAGAUUUCCAUCUUGGGUACUAUGGCUACUUAAGCUAAUGAGUUGCGAACAGAACUGUCUGUUAGCAGAUCAGGAGUUGACACAACCUUCCCUGAGCUAGAAGAGGGCUUGAUGCACAGUAAAGGCUAGUAUUCACAGUGGCAGCCACAUUCCAGUGUUGUUCUGCUUGGGACCCCUGAAUGCAUCAUUAGGUGUUGGGUUUUCUGAUGCUUCUAGCUAGUUAGUAGCUCUUUCUUGUCCAUGUAAGGGAAACUGAACAGUCUGCACCCAGCAAAGACACUCCUCUUCCUUCUCCCCCAGGUUCCUGACUUACUCACAAUAGAAGCAUACUUCCUGCUUUGCAGAGCAGUGACGGGUAAUGGAGCGUGGAAGGUACCUGCUGGCUGUGCAGCACUAGCUGUAGAGGGUCACCUUUCUUCUGGCCCUGAAUCUCUUCAGGUGUACUCAUGCCCAGUUGCUCCUAAGUGCCUUUCAAGCAGGGAAGACCUAUAAAACAUCAAUCUGGCCCCUCAUUCUGCCCUUGAAAGCCUCUGAGGCUGCUGAGACAAGGUGGGGUCCUGAUCUUAGAGCUCUGAGUACUCAAACAUGAGGAUAUGUCAAAGGUCUGAGUGAUGGGCAUGUUCAUACAGGAUGAGCUCAGGAGCUUGAAAAAAUGAAAAGGAAAAUACAGUAUGUAUGGUAUAAAAACUCAGUAGGUUAAAAACUGGCUACUUACUAUAUCUGGUUGAAACUAUUGUGUUGAGAUGCACUGAGUUUGUAGUAGCUUUCUCUAGUGAAAUUCUUAUACUGGGUUAGCAUGUGUGAGGAACUUCAGUCAGACUCAGAAAACUCAGUCAAGCCUCAGACAAUGGCACCGGAGCUAACUGCUUCAGACCUUUUUUUGUAUCACCCUUUUUCCAAACAGGAGUCUAAAGCCAUACAUGAGUAUUUGAGAUUAGAAUGGUUGCAGACUGCAACAGCAGCUAAUGAACCAAAAUGGAUGUUUAACAGGGGAAGACUGAAAAGGAGGGAGGGAUGUGCAGAUUUGAAUGCUGUUUCCUUUUAGGAGAUUAAAAUGUACCACAAACAUCUUGUUACAUACCUGCCAGAGAGGGCAGGAGUUAACCUUUUACAGCACAUUGGAUGCAUUGAAAUGCAGUCUUCCAUGGAAAAGAUUUGAGACUGAUGCUAUUUAGCUGUCUUGUGAGAGUGCAGAAAUGCAUCAGCCACUGAAAUGUCUUGCUCAAAAGCAUCCCUAACAGUGCGCUCCACAAAUAUGUAGAGGAGUGAAAACCACAAGAACACAGCUGAAGCAUUUUGUUCUGAAUCAGUAAUGUCGCUCCUCAGAGAAGGAGGAAGUGUUCCCAAAAGGCAGUUAAUGCCAAGAUCUAAGUGAAAGUUAAAUAUUUGGACAGAUUAAAAAUACCUGGAAUCACUUUUGAAUUUACCUAUCAUGCCAGGCCCAAUAUUUGAAGUAACAUUUAAGCUUAUACUAUGCAAUUAAAGAGAUGUCAGUGUAUGAGCACUUGGGGAUUCAUUUAAAGGUCUAGUCGCUACUUUCAGUACUAUAGCCAGGCAAAGUAUCAGCAGCGUUGCACCGUAAUAACAUGUGUUCCACUUGCUGACCCACAACUGGAUGAUUUGUUGCUGCUUUGUUCUAAUACACAUGAAUGGGAAGCCAGUGUGUCUGCCAGGCUUGUGAGAUAACAGGGGUAAAAACAGUCAAGGAUAAAAUGACCUGAGAUGCAUGUUGUAAUGAUCAGAGAAAUUUACUUUUCUAGACUGGAUAUUUCAAACUUUAAUAUUAGCCUUUCAUGUAUAGUCAACAAAAAAAACUAGAAGGGAGAUAUGGAGGGCAACAUGGAGGCUUGGCUUCAAUUUGUCUUCUCAGAAGCACCGAGUUCUGGUUAGGCUAUAAUUAGGGAUGAAGUUAGGUGAAGCCAGAACUUGCUAUGAGGACUGAAAUGCCCAGCAGAUGAGACCUCUGAUUCCAGUACAAACAACCUAGAAUUCUAGAGGACAAAGUCUGAGCAGACUUGUUUGUCCUAGGAAAACAUGACCACCUGGUCAUAAUGGGCUGCUUGAAGGUUUCCAGAAACAGUGACAUUUAAAACAUACUGCAGCUUGUGAGCAAGUCCCCUAAAUGAAUGUUUGCACAUCAGAAAUUCAUCUAAGGUGUCAACAGCUGAAGUAACAGACAGGAUACAACGUAUCAAGAAUGAAAAAUUGCUCAAUGGGACCGUACCUCAUGGAUUUUGGCAUGACACAGUCCUGGCUACCCAAAAACAAAUGGAUAAGUAAAAGAGCCUGUAUAGUGAAG